CGGGGAGAACUUGAAAGCAGCACCAACAAGUACAGCUCGCUUAUCGUCAGAGCGGUGGUUCACAAAGAUGGAGGACUAUACAGCUAAACAAGCGAUCGAAAACCUCGACGACCCUCCAAACAGCCGACUGUUUGUGGUCACAAGUCGAGCCAUGACUGAAGAUGCGCUGCGGGACAGUUUCUCCGUGUUCGGGGACAUUCAGGGCGUGUGGGUCGUCAAAGACAAGCAGACAAAGGAAUCCAAGGGAGUCUGCUACGUGAAGUUCGCCAAAUCUUCUCAGGCCUGCUUGGCUAUGGAGGAAAUGCACGGCAAAGUGCUGGUGGAAGGAACCAAACCCGUCAAGGUAUUCAUUGCCCAGUCACGGUCUUCAAAUAGGCACAGAGAUGUGGAGGAUGAAGAACUCACCAGAAUCUUUGUCAUGAUCCCCAAAACCUUCACAGAAGAUGAUCUCAAAGACACAUUUAAAGAAUAUGGUGAUAUUGAAUAUUGUGUGAUCAUUAAGAACAAGUUCACGGGGGAAAGUAAAGGUUUAGGCUACGUCAGAUACUACAAACCCUCGCAGGCUGCUGUCGCUAUAGAGAACUGUGACAAAACUUACAGAGCCAUCCUGGCUGAACCUCGCACCAAGAACACAGUGACGGAAGAUUACUCUUCUGGACCGGCCAGGGGAGAUUACAUGGGUGGUAACGACUCCAACAACCAGUACGCACUCCCGGCACUCCCAGCACUCCCUAUGGCCGAUCCCGGGAACUACCCGGUCAUGGACUAUCGCUCCACUGACUACACACGGUGCCUGAUGAUGUCAACGCGGGCCGCGAUGACUCAAGAGCAGAUCUUUGCUCUGUUUGACAUCAUUCCUGGGAUGGAGUACUGUGAACUACAGAGAGACUCUUAUGGAAUGAGCAAAGGUCAUGCAUUGAUUCGUUACGGUAAUCUGGGAUCAGCAGUUUAUGCCAAGGACAAGCUGAAUGGCUUUGAAUAUCCACCUGGAAACAGACUGGUAGUAACUUUUGUUGACGACGGAGAGGACCGCAGCAGUCCCGUAGGACGGAUGGCCAUGCAGUUCGUGGCGACUCAGAUGAUGUCCUCCGCGUGGAACGGACCUUCAAACAGCCAAGUGAUGAAACCACCCCCUUUUGCCGCUCCCGCUCCAAUGUCUCGGGUUCAGACCGACGUCAGCCUCCCUCCGCACAAGAAGCUGGCUGCACCUGACAGUAAAUCCAAGGAGCGCUUGUUCAUCGUGUUUAGCCCCACCACGCUGCCCCCGGACAUACUGGAAGAUGUCUUCUGCCGCUUUGGUUCGCUCAUCGAGGUCCACCUGGUUCCGGGCAGGAAAGUGGGCUACAUAAAGUAUGCAGACAAACAGUGCGCAGACGACGCCAUGGCGGCGCUCCACGGUCGGGUCGUCAAUGGGGUAAAGAUGAAGGUGAUGCUGGCCGAUCCUCCCCGAGAGGAAUCGCACAAACGUCCUCGUACCUACUAGGACCGUGAGACGAUAAAUGUGCGGCGACUGUUGUCAUGACACAAUGACACCUGACCUGACAGACCCGACCGACAUCAAGACCUGCUCCUGACCCCUGACACGAACUUUGACCACCUGUCUGACCUUACUUCUGGUCAGUGACCUUGCUGUGACUCACUGGUACAAUAGGUCUGUGAACAGCAUCAUCACAUCCAGUGUAGCGUGUUUGUGGUCCCUUUAGGUGAUUUUAUGCUUCUUUUCUUUAGCCUUGACUCUUGUUUUGGCUCCAAACAGCCCGACUAACCCGUGUACAGCAGCAGUGCCCCUUUAUUUCUCAGCUGACACCUGCUUAAACAUUUCAUUUCCUAGUGUAUGUCUAGAGCUUCUUUUUAGAAAAUCAGCAGAAGCUGCAAUCUGAUCACAAGUUAUAACAACAAGCAUGAUGUAUAAUGCUGAAUUUAGACCGUUGGGUGUCUUUCCCCUCCUUUUCCUUCUCUUAAUUGCUUUGCCGUUUUUAUCUCGUGUUGAGCUCAGUCCAACUGUUUCUUAAGCUGAAACUGUACAUGUCUUUUUGUCUCAGUGAAAAUAAACGUUGGGUUCAAACACCA